AUGACAGAAUCAAAACUCUCCCUACUGUCGGACUUGACACCCCCAUCCCUAGAGCGCACGUGGCUUACCGCACCACACCCCACCCUCCCCAUCGUCGCGACCUGCAGCUCCGACAAGACAGUGCGGGUAUACUCGCUAACGAACUUCAAACUCCUCUCAACCAUCACAGGUGGACAUAAGCGCAGUGUCCGAACAGCGGCCUGGAAGCCGCACGUGCAAGGCGAAAGCGUCCUAGCUACCGGUAGCUUUGAUGCUACGGUUGGUGUCUGGCGACGAUGGGAUAGCUACGGGCGCGCCGAAGAUGGUGCCGGGAAGGACAAUGCCAACGUGGACGGAGAAGAAGACGUUGAUGGUGCGGAUGAGGAGGAAGAGUGGCGCUUUGCUGUGCUACUGGAUGGACAUGAUAGCGAAGUGAAGUCCGUUUCGUGGUCGCCGUCCGGCAUGUUGUUAGCGACCUGUGCGCGUGAUAAGUCGAUCUGGAUCUGGGAGGAUCUGGAUGAUGGGGAUAACAACUUUGAGACUGUGGCCGUUAUGCAGGAGCAUGCUGGGGAUGUCAAGUGUGUUUCGUGGCAUCCUGUUGAAGAAUGUCUCGCGAGUGCUGGAUACGACGAUACAAUUCGACUGUGGCGCGAAGAUCUGGAUGACUGGGGUCAGGUGGCUUGUAUUAAGAAGCACGAAGGAACGGUUUGGUUCUUGGACUGGGAGGGCACCGAGACAACUCCAACUGUUGCGGACGGAGCUGAUGCCGCGGCGUUACAGAGCCAAUGGCGUGAACAGCGUGCACUCUCUGGUCCGAGACUGGUUUCUUGCUCAGAUGAUCGUACCGUCCGGGUCUGGCGCCGUCUGCCUAAGGAGAGCGCGCAGCUGGGUGCGAUGUCUUCGGCUGCUACUGGGAUCCCGAGUAUUAUCCGACCAACCGGCACAGAUGAGACAUGGGAGGAGGAUGCUUUGCUACCACAUGCACACGAAUUGGCGAUCUAUGCGGUUGCUUGGAGUCGACGGACUGGUCUUAUUGCGUCUGUCGGUGCCGAUGGACGAAUCAUCAUCUACCAAGAACGUAUUGUUUCUCCCUCCGCUGAUGUGGAUGCCAUGGAGACUGAGCCAGUGGAGAGCAAGGCGUCCCUGCAGACGGAGUGGACACAACUCGCAGUGGUGAACGGUGCCCAUGGUAUCUACGAGAUCAACCACGCUGCUUGGGCAAAACGGGCCGAUCGUGGGGCUGUGGAAGAGGAAGAAGUUCUGGUGACAACUGCAGAUGAUGGCAGCGUCAAGGUAUGGACGCUACAGCAGUAA